ACAAAGGAAAGAGAUGAGAGAACAAAAAAAAAGAGGGACUCGAGUUAUGUUCUGAGACGGCUCACUCACCGAGUCAAAUGCUGUCCUAAAGGGGGAAGGAAGGGAGCAGCAAAAUCCAAACCCGUCCGAAUAUAUAUAACCCGAUAAAAAAGGGAUCUUUUGAUUUUUUUUUUUGGGGUGCGAGUGUGUAAAAAAAAAAAGAGAUGGAGAAGGAGGAGGAGAAAAUAAGUCUCUCACCUCUUUACUACUACUACAACUCUUCUCCUCUCCUUGUUGUCUUAACUCUUUUUCCCGACUCUUUCCCCAACCCUAGUUCUUCUUCUCCUUCUUCUUCCACAAUUCAAAAAUCCCCAAAAUUAUAUUUACGGGUUUCCCAUUCCCAUCAUCAUCACCAUCUUCUUCUCCUCUAUCUUCUCUCGGAUUGUCGUCUCCUUCUUUGCUCUGAGCUAUCUAAGUGGAGGUUUCUUCGUUCAUCAGUUAAGUGAUCUGCUAAGAGCGAAAGGAGUGUAUAUGCCUUUCUACAAUGGAAGCUAACGGUGGUAUGAAUAAUACUGUGAGGAAGAAACGUAGCUUGACUUGUCGUCGUCCUCGCCUUGAGGCAUCCACUAACGUCAGCAAGAUCUCCAGUGAUGAUAUACCCGCAUUUGAUACCAACCCUACGAGGAAAGAGUUUAGUCUUAGCCACUGUAUCUCAAGGGCUGAUUCUAUUGCUGAAUCCCAAAGAGGAAACAAUGGUAGUCGUCGGAGCGAGACCACCAAUAGAAACAAACGUUCUACUGAAGGUGUACUCGCACCUGCCAGCUGGAAGAACACUAGCCGUGAAGAUGAAGGUAAUGGAAGGAUCAAUGGAAAGGUAACUGCUUUGGGUGAGCUAGAGGGUGAAACAAAGAGAAUGAAGCUUAAGAUCAGCGUUCAUGCUAAUGGUUCUUCUCGAAAGUCUUCAAAACCGGUGAAUGAUACUACUAACAACGGUCUGAAGGAAAACUCAGAUAAAUUUAAUUCCCCUCUAGAUAAGAAGGCUGAUCUUGAAGACGAAUCUAUCACGGGGAGGAGGAAACAAGGAGAGCCAAGUGUCUCGGUUCGCAAGAGCAAAAGAGCCCCCAAGAAGAGAGUUUUCGUUGGAGAUGAUGACAGUGAUAAUGAGAUCCGAUAUUUGGAGAAACUCAAGUAUAGGAAUGUCUCUGUGUGUAAUGAAGAGACUGCGUCAGGGAGGAGGCUGUUGAAGCCAUCUAAUAGGGAAAAGGCUUUUGAAGAGAUGGAUUAUGAGGAGGAAGAACUUGAUCUUGUGGCGGAUGUAAAGGAGAUUGGUAAUGAGGUUAAGAGGGAAACAACUUUGACUAGUCGCCAACGAGCCCUUGCUUCUGCAUCUGGCAAAUCAAGCGCCAUUGAAUUUACAGAUGGAUUACCUCCUACUACAUCGAGAAGGAAAAAGGAGAAUCUUUCAGAGAUGGAGCAGCAACUGAAGAAGGCAGAAGCUGCUCAAAGGCGAAAAGCUCAGGUUGAGAAGGCUGCAAGGGAGUCUGAGGCAGAGGCCAUUAGAAAAAUUCUAGGACAGGAUUCGAGCAGGAAGAAGCGUGAAGACAAAAUUAAAAAACGACUUGAUGAAUUGGCACAGGAGAAAGCUGCACACGAGGAAAGGGCCUCGACAAGCUACAUCAGAACAAUAAUGGGUCCUAAUGGAACAACUGUUUCGUUUCCCAUUGACAAAGUGCCUAGCCUGUUCGAUCCCAAACCAUCCAGCUAUCCUCCUCCUCGAGAAAACUGCGCUGGUCCAUCGUGCACCAAUUCUUACAAGUAUCGUGAUUCAAAGACUAAGCUUCCUCUCUGCAGCCUCAAAUGUUACAAGGCGGUUCAGCAGCAACAGACCGCACCGGUUUAGAUAUUGAUUUUAUUUUAUUUUUUUGAUACAAAAGGUCAACAACUCUCAGCUCUCUGAGUUUAUAGAGAUUAUUACAGGAAGAAAUGUUUUAGUUUUUCUUUUGCUUUGCUUCAGACUUGUCUGAUUGGAUAUAGUUCAUUUUCGUAUGUGAGAUGAGCUCAUGGCCGUCUAUUGGCUUUUCACCAAACAAUCACAUCAUAGCAGUUCAUAUA